AUGAAGAGAGAGAGAGAGAAGAAGAGUGUUACUGUAAAUAAGCAGCAGCAGAAGGAGAUUGAGAAGGUAUUGAAGCAGGAGACAAAGAAGUCAAAACUGCAGGAGCUGGCAGAGGAGAAGGAGAUUGAGGCCUUGUUCAGGUCUCAAAUGCACUCCAUGAUCCAGGACAUUGAGGAGACAGCCCUGCUCUCUGAGCAUGCCAAUCUGCUUGCUGCUGAGGUGAAACCUGAGGCAGCAGACCAGGAAAUGCGGGAUUUUGAGAUACAGGUUGACCUGGCUGAAGGGGAGCAGUGA